CUUCAUUCGUAGGUAUCGGCCCGGGCAUUCAAUGCACCUAUGCAUAGCCACGAUGAACAGGAAUAACCAUAAGGCACCUCGUCGAUCCUCCAAACAACGUCGCGUGCUGGAUGCCUAAUUCGUUUUGAAUCCUAUUAAUUCCCGGCCAGCCCAACGGCCUGGCAGUCCCUUCCAUCAGACAUCACAUCACACCACAAUGCUGCAGCACGCCUUCCUCGCCCUCGCGGCCCUCGCGACUUCCACCCUCGCUCAGACCAACAACAACAACAGCAGCAGCAAUUCAAACACCACCUGCGGCACCACCCGUUACGACAUCGCAGCACCUGUAAACUCCUCCGCCCAGGUCAUCGUCCGCAACGCAUCGACGCCAUGGUACCUCACCUCCACGCUCAACGACACGCGCUCCGCAACCACCGCAGACCAUAGUAUCACUGGCUUUCUCAGCGUGCCUCCCGACACGAGUGCCUACGCAUGCGUGUUCCUCAUGACUGCGCUGCUGCCGGCGCUGACAGGUAACAACGGCGACUGCGCAGGCGCACUGAGCGCCUCAUGCGUGGAUUUCAUACGCAGUAGUGUGGUCGUCAGAGCGGGCGACAUGGCGGCGAAGCGGUGUCCGAGUCCGCCCGGGCUAGACGCAUUGAAGGAAGCGUGUGGCGACCCUCUAGGGAAAGGGCUUUCGACUGCGUAUUCCGGCAUCGACGUGUCGAAUACGACGUGUGCCCGCGAUCGCGUCCCCGGGCCAGAUCAGCCGCCGCAGGGGUACAGUAGUUUUGGUCUCUUUGGGAUCAGUGGGUUUGCGGCUGAUGAGAGUGAUCGUAGUGAUCCAACUAAGUUCACAUGGUAUGGUAAGUAUAAGAGUCAGGCUAUGCCAUGGAUUGUGGCGGGAUUGGAGGGGAGCGAGAGUUGGACCAGUGUGGUGUGUGUGGUGCCGGGGAAGGUGGAGGCGAAGAGUGCGGCAACAAGGGUCGGAGGGGCGUGGGUCGGGGUUGGAGUCGCUGUGAUGGUUGCGGUUUGGGGGUUGCUUUGAGAACGUAUCGCGUUGACGCACUCCGGCAAUUUCAGCUUCGAGCAUGCAUACGCCUGAGAUCUCGCAGAUACCUGAAUUCACAAUCUCGACACAGUAUCGCAUCGGUAACUUGAAUCACUCCCGCCUGCGGCUUGUCUGAAAGUUUACACUUCCUGUACAGCUUGGAUAGCACAGAAUCAACUGCAUUCAGCGUCGAGCAGCAAAGGAGACAGCUUCACAUCCGCAAUGGUCAACUUAUCGAGGUCUUUAUACUUGAAUACAAACCGCUAUCCAAGGUACCGGGCGUGUGGGAGUGUGUUUGCACUUGUUUAUGGCGCUGAGUUGGGUGAGUGAAGGUAGCUUAGGUCCUCACCCCACACAAAGUCAUUAUCACUUCUCGCACCAAAUCUUCCUCCAAAUUUCUUUUCCC